AUGGAUGCCGAGAUGAGCUCAAUGGCCCGUGCACAAGACACGAAGUCUGACAUUUCAGCUAUAAACAUCCUGACCUUAAACUGCUGGGGACUGAAAUAUCUCUCCAAGUAUCGAACCGAACGACUAUCCGAAAUAGGCAAUCGCAUUGCAACUUACUCCCCCCAACUCGAUGUCGUCGGCUUGCAGGAAUGUUGGACAUUUGCAGACUAUCAAGCCAUUCGAAAGAGGACCGGGUCCAUCCUUCCAUAUGGCAAGUUUUACCACUCUGGAGUUUUGGGUGGAGGCCUGGCCAUUCUAAGUCGCUGGCCCAUCAUUGAGUCGACGAUGUUCAGAUAUCCGCUCAACGGUCGACCGACAGCAUUUUUCAGAGGGGACUGGUAUGUCGGAAAAGGCGUGGCAUGUGCUCGGAUCUCAUCACCGGACGGCCUCAGCGUGGAGGUCUUCAAUACCCAUUUACACGCGCCCUAUGAAAAAGAGCCCCACGACAGCUAUAUCUGCCAUCGCACGGCUCAAGCAUGGGAGAUUGCCAAACUCAUGCGUGCCGCAUCCGAGAGGGGCAGUCUGGUCAUUGGCCUGGGAGAUUUCAACAUGGUGCCUCUGAGCUUUGCACAUAUUCUCAUUGAAAGCCGAGCUGACGUCAAAGAUGUGUGGAGGGUGGUAAAACCGGGCAGCAGCAUUGGGGCAAGUGUCGAUCCGCCGGAGAAGGAACGGAGAAAACGAAUGAACGAGGAAACCACACCAGACGUCAAUAGCAGUCUUCAGGAUCACGGUCACACCUGUGAUUCCAUUCUGAACACCUGGCGUUGGAAUAAGGCCCAUCGGAAACUUUUGGAAAAAGGUCAAGACCGAAAUAUUGCAGGCCAUGAUCCCGAUCCCAAAGCGAAGCGAUUGGAUUAUAUCUUCUUCAAUGGGGUUGGGAAAGGGUGGAAAGUGGCCGAUGUGAAGGUCUCACUCACCGAAAGGCAUCCCACAUUGUCGUGCUCGCUCAGUGACCAUUUUGCCGUGCAAACAACCGUGGAAAGGAGCCCAACUCAGCCGCCAACACCGGCAAAGAUUGAAAUUCAUGCACCACUGAACAAUCCGGCUGCCGAAGACCCGGCGCUUGAAGUGGCCGACUUUGACGACCAGGAUUUUGACGAAGCAGUCUCCCAAUCGCCCACGCAACUACACGUGGGCCAGGAUUUCUAUGUCGAUAUACUCGCCAUGAUCCACAAAUACACCCGACGAGAACGGAAACAGAGGCGGUAUCGCGUCUUACAUUUUGUCGGCUCGGCUCUCAUCUCCCUCGGUUGUUUUAUUGCGACCUGGUGGUCUCCUCGGAAUUAUAUUUCUUUCAUUUUGGUCCUGCUGAGUAGUUUGGGUCUCAUGGCGGGAACUGUAGAUGGUUUAAUUGGUGGCCUUUUCGUUGGAUGGGAGUUGAGAGCGCUGGCCGAGUUUGAGUGGGAAGUUCGAAACGCUCUGCAACUUGCAGGAGGUCCAAUCCAGCAAGAUCAAUCAUUGAGAGACUGGUAUGACUGA